AUGUCAUCAGCCAUCGCCCCCGUCAAACCCUCCAGCACCACUGGUCCCAAGGAGGUGGAGCUGAUCCUACUGAAGGAGCAGAAUGGAGUACAGUUCACCACAUCCAACCUGAUCAGCCCGACGGGUCAAACCCAACCCUCGGGAGAGGAGAGGGAGACCUGGGGUAAAAAGAUCGACUUCCUGCUUUCUGUGAUAGGGUUCGCUGUGGAUCUUGCCAACGUUUGGAGGUUUCCCUAUCUGUGUUACAAAAAUGGAGGAGGUGCCUUUCUGGUCCCAUAUAUCUUCUUCAUGGUGAUAGCUGGAAUGCCGCUGUUCUAUAUGGAGUUAGCACUGGGUCAGUAUAACCGUGAAGGAGCAGCAGGAGUGUGGAAGAUCUGCCCUAUCUUUAAAGGCGUGGGCUUCACCGUCAUCCUGAUCUCGUUGUAUGUGGGAUUCUACUACAAUGUCAUCAUCGCCUGGGCUCUGUUCUACCUCUUCUCCUCUUUCUCCGGUGAACUGCCCUGGAUCCACUGUAACAACACCUGGAACAGUCCCAACUGCUCGGACCUCAAUGACACCCUUCUCAACGACACGCACAAGGCCACGCCAGCACUGGAGUACUUUGAGCGAGGGGUCCUGCACCUUCAUGAAAGCACUGGGAUAGAUGACCUGGGUCGGCCCCGCUGGCAGCUCACUGCAUGCCUGGCUGUGGUCAUCGUGGUCCUUUACUUCAGUCUGUGGAAGGGAGUGAAGACAUCAGGAAAGGUUGUGUGGAUCACAGCCACGAUGCCCUAUGUUGUGUUAACUGUUCUGCUCUUGCGUGGUGUGACUCUGCCUGGAGCCAUCGAUGGCAUUAAAGCUUACCUGAGUGUGGACUUCCUCCGCCUGUAUGAUGCUCAGGUCUGGAUCGAGGCAGCCACACAGAUCUGUUUUUCUCUGGGUGUGGGGUUUGGUGUGCUAAUCGCUUUCUCCAGCUACAACAAAUUCAGCAACAACUGUUAUAGAGAUGCGAUCAUAACCAGCUCCAUCAACUCUCUGACCAGCUUCUUUUCUGGAUUUGUCAUAUUCUCCUUCUUGGGUUAUAUGUCACAAAAACACAAUGUUGCCCUUGAUAAAGUCGCCACUGAUGGUCCUGGUCUGGUGUUCAUAAUUUACCCAGAAGCCAUUGCUACACUCCCAGGCUCCUCAGUGUGGGCUGUUAUCUUUUUCAUCAUGUUGCUCACGUUAGGAAUCGACAGUGCUAUGGGAGGGAUGGAAUCUGUCAUCACAGGACUCUUAGAUGAAUUCAAGUUCCUGCACAAACAUCGGGAGCUCUUCACACUCUUCGUUGUUGUUUCCACAUUCCUUAUCUCACUCAUAUGUGUGACAAACGGUGGCAUCUACGUGUUUACCUUGCUGGACCACUUUGCUGCAGGAACAUCGAUUCUCUUUGGAGUGUUGAUUGAGGCCAUUGGUAUCGCCUGGUUCUAUGGUGUGGAUCGCUUUAGUGAUGAUAUCGAGGAGAUGAUUGGACAGAGACCCGGUCUGUACUGGAGACUGUGCUGGAAGUUUGUUAGCCCUUGUUUUCUCUUGUUCAUGGUUGUUGUCAGUUUUGCAACUUUCAACCCUCCAAAAUACGGCUCUUAUUAUUUUCCCACGUGGGCAAACAUGAUCGGCUGGUGUCUGUCCUUAUCGUCCAUGAUCAUGGUGCCUCUCUAUGCCAUCUACAAAUUCUGCACUUUGCCUGGAAGCUGUUGUGAAAAAGUGGCAUAUGCCAUAACUCCAGAGACUGAACAUCACUUGGUUGAGCGUGGAGAGGUUCGGCAGUUCACGCUUCAACAUUGGCUUGUGGUUUGAGCGGCCCUCUGUAUUGAGACUGCAGGAGCCAAACUCGACUCCAUAAGGGCGAUGCGUGUCUGCGCCAAAAGAACCGUAUUACUAGUUGUUUCUUUCUCGCAUAAUCGGAUGUAUGGCUGUAUCGUGACUUUGUUCACAAUGUGGUUCACAUUUGUCGGUAUCAGUUUUACUCUCAAUAUACGAUGACUGUUAUGAUGGCCAAUGUUGUCCGCACUGACUGUUAAUUUGCUGUUAAUUUAAACUUUUUCGUGAUCAGAGUACAACGGAGCCUUAUUAAUACAUGUGAUUGAAGUGUCAAAACUGUACAAAGUCAUUCUUUAGAAAUACUUUAAAGUUUAGAAAUGUGUAAAAAAUAAAUCUAUUCUAUUUGUGUCUGACAAAAGUGCAAAUACUUUACAGUUGAACAGUUAUAGUAGUCAAAUCAGUUUUAGUUAACCAUGUCAUAUACUGUAUAUCUGUCAUAUACAGUGUGCAAACUACAAGACUCCCGUGACUUCAGACAUGUUGACAUCAUGUAAUGAGCUUCGUUCAAUUUGCCUUUGGAGCAAUUGCUCAAUGUUUGAAGAACAAACAUUGAGACCAGUCUGUUACUUUAGUGAGGUUUUUAUUUUAGCAUUUAAUCCAUGCAAUGGUUAUCUUCCAAAGUACAUGCUAACGGAUGAGAUUUCUGUCACUGAAUGUUGUCACACA